GAUACACUAGCAGCUGCACGUGAAGCUCCCUAAACUCCAUAAUCAGCACACAACGCCAGUGAGACGCGAUGGACUGCAUCAGCGCGAAGUACAUCUCCCAGAAGAUCAGCAAGACGCGCUGGCGGCCGGUGUCCGCGGCGUCCCUGCAGCAGCCCGAGGUGUUCGCCACCGGCUCCUGGGACAACGAGAAUAACAAAGUGUCCAUCUGGUCAGUGGGAGACCGCGGGGGCUCAACCCUGGAUGGAGACCUGGAUGAGGAGCCUCAGUUACUAUGCGACUCUCAGCAUGAGGGAGAUGUGAUGGACCUGCAGUUUCUAGAUCAAGACCGGCUUGUUUCUGCAUCUUCCAGCGGGGCCGUGAGCAUCUUUAAGCUGCAGUCGGACUGCCAGGCUCUGUCAUUGGCUCACGUGUGGGAGAGAGCUCAUCGGUGUUCCUGUGAUAAUGCACCGUGCACAGCCAUAGUGUGCAGAAGUCCUGAAAUAGUGUCCGUGGGUGAGGACGGGCGAGUUAUUCUUUACAAGGCGGAUCAGGCGGAGGUCACGCGCGUUAUUGAAAAUGCAGACAGCAGUACAAUUCAUGCUGUAACGUUUCUGAGGACGACUGAAGUUCUGACUGUGAACUCCAUCGGUCAGCUGAAGAUGUGGGACUUCAGACAGCAGAGUGACAGUCCUGCGCAGAUUCUCUCACUCACCGGGGAUAGAGUGCCCUUGCACUGUGUGGACAAACACCCAAACCAGCAGCACAUAGUUGCCACAGGAGGGCAGGAUGGGAUGCUUUGUAUCUGGGAUGUGAGACAGGGAAACACGCCUUUCUCUCUCACCGAGGCACAUUCAGCAGAAAUGUGGGAAGUACAUUUUCAUCCAUCCAACCCCAAUCACUUGUUUACAUGCUCAGAGGACGGGUCUCUGCUACACUGGGAGAGCACUUCAGGAUCAGACGUGAGCACACUUCUACAGAAGGGCUGGCACAGUAGGGUCGUCUCACAAAGUGCCAUAUCGCUUGCUGGAGAAAAUGACUCUGCGGUCAGUGCCUGGCUCGCUGGGGACUCCAGCAAAAGCAGAUUGGAGGCAACUCAUAUGCUCCCCAGCCAGACCCUGUCUGUCAACAGCCUUGAUGUGCUUGAGCAGUGUUUAGUUUGCGGGACUGAUGGCGAGGCUUUGUACAUCCACAGACAAGUUCCUGUUUGAUUACUGACCUAAAACAUGUAUUAAGAGACUGUCAUUUUUUAUAUACAACAUUUCAUUGGUUUUUCAAAUAAAAUUACACAUAAACAUUAUGGAAUCUAUUUGGGGAACGUAAUAAAACAGUGUAUGCAGUUCACUGA